UUGUAAUUUCUAAUUUGUCUGUGGUUUCAAGUUUGUGUUUUUACUUCACGAUACACAUUUUGAUUUUAAUUUUGUUUUUCGCUAUAAUUAACAAUGAAAGACGUGAUCGAUGUGAUGGCUCUUCAAAGUAAUAGACGCGAAAGACGGCUAGCUGAUUACCGGGGCGGGCCCGGCCAUAGCUUAGCGACGAACUUCAUAUUUGAAUGCGGUAUCAAACUCGGCUUGCAACCGGCUACCGUUGCUACGGCAGCGAUAUUUUACCAUAAAUUCUUUAAAGAAGCUGAUAAAAACGAUUAUGAUUGCUACGUGAUUUGUACAGCUUGUCUGUGCGCAGCUGGGAAGUCAAGAGAUGAGCCUGUGAGGUUACGUGAUGCAGUUAACGUAGCUCAUAAUUCUAUUAACCGUGGAGCUGGUCCUUUGGAACUGGGGGAGGAGUAUUGGUCAUGGAGAGGUGCAGUGGCUCAAGCGGAACUCCUAGUACUGCGUUUACUCGGAUUUAACCUAGACGCGCCUUCUCCACAUAGAUAUUUGCUGCACUAUUUACGUUCGCUACAAGAAUGGUUCCCUGCGCCGCAGUGGCGAUCUGCACCAAUAGCUCGAACUGCCAUGGCUUUCUUACAAGAUUUCCAUCAUUCGUCCUCUAUACUGGACUACAGAGCGCCACAUAUUGCAGUUGCCUGCUUGACUCUGGCCUUACAUGUACUUGGUGUAUCAGUACCGCUAGCAUCAACUUUAGAUGAUGAUGCAGCAUGGUAUUCUGUUUUCACAAAAGAUUUACAAAAAGAGAAGAACUGGGAAAUAAUGGAGAAAAUAAUGCAAGUCUAUAGCAAAGAACCAGAACCUAUAUAAUUAAAAAUGCAUUUUUACUACUGGUAAAACUUAGGGAUAAAAUUUUAAAUAAAGUUUGCUGACC